AAUGGACGUUAUUUUUAAACGUUGCAUAAAAUCCGAACCCUCUUUGCUCUUUUCAUUUUGCUUGACUCUUCCGUCGUUCCUUUUGUUCAGUGCUUCUUUCUGCUGGCGUGACUUCGGUGAUCAGGCAGAAGCAGUUGACAGAUCCAUCAUCAGAACGGCCCCGUCGCACUCGCAGAAAGAUUGCAGUUUUUUGUGCUCUGUCGCAUCAGUCAUCCCGAGUUAAGCGGCGCUCGUCCAUUAGGUUAAAAUUAUUUGCAUUUUCUGAUUGAUAAUCGCUGGUAGUGAGUUUUUGGGUCAUUUUAUCCACAUUUGACUGGCGUUGUGCGAGUGAUAAGUGCAGAAUCUAACAGAAACAAAACCGCCUUUUGGAUUUGCGUGCAAGACUGAAUAGUGCAAACGCGAUUCCCCGGAUCAAUCAAUAAUGUUCCCAACACCGCUAUCUGAGGAUUUUUUCCAAAAAUGUCGGACAGACUUUUACGAGUGCCCGAAGAAUGUCCUCGCGCAGAACGUCUGCACCCGGAUAGAUCCAUUCGAGGCCUGCAUGUCGAGGAAAGCGUUGGAGAAUACUCAACAUGUAUUCACAUAUAAGAUUGAAAACGAGGGCAAGCCGCUGACGAAUCAGAAGAGCUCUGGGCGUUGUUGGCUGUUUGCGGCACUGAAUUGCAUCCGGAUUCCCUUCAUCAAGCAGUACAAUCUGGACGAGUUUGAGUUCUCCCAGGCGUAUCUGUUCUACUGGGACAAAAUCGAACGAGCAAACUACUUCCUGAACAAUGUGGUCGAUACUGCCCGGCGGGGGGAGAAGGUUGACGGUCGGCUCGUCGCAUUCCUGCUGUCGGAUCCAACCUGCGAUGGUGGUCAGUGGGACAUGCUGGUAAAUCUCAUCAACAAGCAUGGGGUGAUGCCGAAAAAAUGCUUCCCGGAGAGCUACAGCUGCGAAGCGAGCACCCGAAUGAAUUCCGUUAUCAAAAGUAAGCUGCGGGAAUACGCCAAAGUCCUGCGUACACUGAUCGCCGAUGGAGCCAGCGACGAAGGUGUGCAAGCCAAAAUCCAGGAGCAAAUGAACGAAGUGUACAACGUGGUUGGCAUAUGCCUCGGCAUUCCGCCGGAGAAGUUCACCUGGGAGUAUUAUGACAAGAGCAAGAAGUAUCUGAGCAUCGGUCCAAUCAAGCCGGUGGACUUCUAUGAGAAGUACGUCAAACCAUAUUUCAACGUUGACGACAAGGUGUGCCUGGUUACGGAUCCACGCUCGUCGAAUCCUUACGGACGUUCAUAUACGGUAGAUUGCCUGGGGAACGUGGUCGGUGGAAGACCGGUGCUGUACAACAAUCAACCGGUGGAAACGCUGCUAGACUUGGUGGCAAAAGCGUUAAAGCUUGGCGAACCGGUGUGGUUCGGCUGCGAAGUUAGCAAACGUUUCGCCGGAAAACAGGGUAUUGAGGAUUUGGACAUACAUGACUUCAAAUUAGUUUUUGGGGUAGAUAUUCAAACGACUAUGGACAAGGCGGAUCGUUUGAUGUAUGGCGAAUCAAUGAUGACGCACGCCAUGGUGUUUACUGGAGUUUCAGUGGAUCCCAACACGCAGAAGCCAACUAAAUUCCGCGUGGAAAAUUCAUGGGGUGAGGACCGUGGCGAAAAGGGAUAUCUUAUUAUGACUGCCGAGUGGUUCAAAGAAUUUGUAUUCGAAGUGGUUGUGGAUCGCAGCAUAGUUCCGCAAGAUGUGUUGGAUGUGUUCGAUCUAACGCCAACGACUCUGCCUGCUUGGGAUCCAAUGGGGACGUUGGCCAAAUAAAUAUAGGCGUUGCUUGCAUCACAUCUAAAAGCAAGGGCGCUUUUAUAACCAUUCUUCGAUUUGCAUGAAAAAAAAAAUAGGAACUAAAAUAUUUGAAAGCAUACACAAACAUAAGAUAGCUGCUAUGAGCAGAAGGACGCCAAGCUUUUAAAUAAAAUGCAGCUGUAGUAGGAAACAACAAAAAACGAAUAUGGCAUGAAAUUCAAGGCUUAGCGCGAUUUUCAAUAUUCGAACAAGGUAAAGCAAACACGCGUGCAAGCUUGGAGAACGCCAUUCUUGUGUAUGACAAGAAGUAAUAUAAUCUAGCUAAUAUAUAAACUGUAUUUAAAUGAAUAAAAUAUGAUUCUUUGUCACAUAUAUAAAACAACAGAAAGAAAUAUGGAAGACGUAACAUUUUUUAAAAAGAAAAAAAAUAUACGAAACGGAAAUUAUAA